GCAAAGAAAGAUGCCCAACGGAUUUACUUUACCAAAUUGACCAUCCCAGCCUUGCCAUAAUGGUCCAUUUGAUUCACCUUUUAUUUUGUUAUGGUUAAUAUAAUACCAGUCGCAGUGUUAACAAUAUCUUAAUAUGUUUUAUUAUUUAAUUGUUCCAGUGUUUCAGAAAGGUUCAUUCAUUAAUUUGUCAUUUAUUUGUGACUUAAUAUUAUUCGAGUGUGCAUAUGUGCUGUGCUGGUGUGUGUGUAUUUAUUAUCACAUCCUGUUUAAGGUAAUCUUCUGAUCAGUGAUGAGUAAAACCAGUGUGCUCUUAAAACAGAGGAACUUGUCAAAUUGUGUAAAGUUUUUCUGCAAUAAUCAACCUUCUACUGAAAUUGUGGGUUGUGUGUGUGUACCCAGAGAUUAUGUAAUACCAACAGAAAAUUGUUUAUGUGAAUUGAUGCCUUCAACUGAAAUAUGAUGUUUCUAUAAGUUUCUGAAAUGCAUACUGUAUGUGGAGAGUAUUACAUAACUUGCAAGUUUUAGUUUUGUUUUGUUUUUCUGUUUGAAGCUUAAUUUUCUGUAACCUAUUUAUUUAUUUAUUUUCCAGCCAGUUCUUUUUUAACUUAUUUAGUGUUUUUAUUAUAUAUUUAUCUCUUGAAAAUGGGAACUGCUUUGUAUACAAGAGGCAGGUGUCUGCGGUUUAUAUAAAGUGCAGCAAUGACCUCACCUCUGUAAAGUCUUUAACUAAACCUUACGACCUACAUUAAAUUCAGAUUCAUCAGCUUGUUGUUUUGUUUUGUUUUAACUUACGCUGGGAAAGAGUCGUUUGUGUUUUGUAAAUACAAAAAUUUUACUUUUAAUCCAACUUCAGCGUUUUGAAUUGAGCUGCAUUUCAAAUUCUUCUCCCUCUGAUUUGCUUGUGAGAUCAACCAACAGGGUUGAGUUAAAAUUUUAGUCAGGACAUGAAACUAGUCAAAACUGUUGGGCUGUGGUUAGCUGCAUCUACGCAGUACUGCAUGACUCAUUUAUAGAAUAUUUCAUAGAGUACAUAUGUCAUCACAGAAUUCUUGCUAAACUACUUACGUAAGCUAAAGAAAGCUCAUUUAAAAACUAAGAAAUAAUCAUGCAUUUCACACUUACACAAACUACAAUUUCACUUAUGUUAUGUAGCUCAUAUAAGACAAAUAGCAGCCAGUUUUUAAAAUAUACCCUUGCUAUCUACAACCUAGUUUCUUAGUCUCCUUUUUUAAAUUUUUGCAGAGAAACUAACCCAUUUAUCUUUUAAUAUCAGUUUUUCUUUUCUUUUUUUUUCUUUUUUUUAGUUUUCAACUCUAUAAUCUAACUGUUCUAGAGUCUAGAGAAUACUUAUCAUCAUCAUCAUCAGUAAUUUCCUUUGGUGGAAGAGGUGGUGACCUGCCAGAAGAAACUGAAUUGAUUGGUUCAGUGGUUGACUUUCUUCAUCAGAGGAUAUGGUUAAGUAAGCGAUAGGGCAAAAUUAUAUUUCACACACCUACUGCCCUUGUCACAGUAAACUAUGAGGAGAAUUACAAUGGGAGAAUAUAGAGCAGGUUUUCUGAAACUGGCUUGUAUCUGGAUGGCGAUUCUGAUGCACGGCUUGGAUGCACAACUUGCACCAAAGAAACAUGCUGCAGGUGCAUCGUGCAGUCCCAAACACCUGACAGCCCUGACCGAAAGCCUGGUCAAUGAAAGCUUGAGAUGCUUUGAUGAAGCCAAUGGAAAACACUUUGGUAUUUGGUUACCUGGCUUCCCUGAGCUCCACGUCCAGAAGAGCUUUCCUCCUAAUUGGACAAAAGUUCAUUGCAGCUUGCGCUUCAUGUAUGAAGGUCUAAAUGACAUCUUGGAGGACCAGAAAAACAACCUGAAUCCUCAAAACGUUUCACUUCACAAGAAGCUAGAGGAAACCAUUGCCAGGAUUAAAAUGCUUGCAAAUUGUAUAAACAUCAUCUUUAAAAGUACAUGUCCCUCAAAGCCAUCACCACCUAAAAUGCCUAAACAAGUAUUUGAGAGGAAACAGUGGAGUCAUACCCUGCUAAAGGCAGCCGGGGAUUACCUGGUAUGGCUGGAGCAAAUGUUUGUUUCAUAUGUUAAAGGAACAAAAAUGGGGAAAGGUAAAGUAACAAAGACCCAGCCUCAUAAGUACCUGGAGGGGAGUGGAUACCUGCUCUGAUUAUGAACAAGUUUAGCUGAGUUUGCGGUUAUAGUUUGUGGCAGCUUUUCUUUAGCCCCCCACCCCCGUCCAAGACUUUUAAAUGCUACUUUUUCAUGCAUUCAGUAUGCUGUUAUGCAUUAAGGAUCUUUACAGUGUCUCUCUCUAUAAUAUAUCUGAUAUUUCAGUACAAACAUAACAACCGACAUGGUUAAAACAGCCAAAGAGGGUUUUUUUUUAUAAAAUUUAUGAAGGGUGUACUUUGACAUUUUGGAAAAAUGAGCUGUUCUUAUUAUGUUAAAUGAGAAAGUACAUGCAAAUGUCUAAUCGACAACAUAAGUAAGGCACAACUGGGGAAGCAAUUAUCCAAGCUUAAACCUGACAGACAAAAAAAAGGUGAAAAUCGCUGCUUUUGUCUGCUAUCACCCAAAUCCACCAAUCGGCACCUCUUUUAACAAAUGUAAACCCCAGUACUGCUGCGCUAACAGCUGGAUCUUUUUCUAGCUGGCUGCUAUUUGAUGCUUCACAUUUGAUAUCACAGGUGUGAAUGAUAACAACCAUCUCAACAAAUUCUAAUAAAGCAAAUAUCUCCGUUUACCAAAACGUCAUGUUGCUACCAUAAAAGCGUUAUCGGAAAUGUCUUUGUUCCAAACCUGAUAGCUCAAAGCAAUCAACAUGUUCCCUUGUGGCAGUAAUUAAUCAACUUGCCAACCAGGAAAAUGAGAAAUGGCUCUAAUACAUCUCCUAAUUAUGACAGUUUGUUUUCCUCAGCCUUCACAUUGAUUAAUUGUUUUGCUCUGACCAACUAUCCCAUGUGUGGGGGCUACAUUGCCUGAGGUAGAAAGAAACAGAUAGCAAUAACUUACAGAGAGCUAUUAGUUUGGACUCCACAUAAAAAACAAUCAAGUUAUAUUAAAUGUUUCUAUAUUUUCAAGAACUUUUAAUCAAAUUUUGAUUUAUUUUUUUUUUACUGUUAUUUAUACUGAAAUUCCUUGCAUUAUCUUUCUUUUCUGUGGAACUUAUAUUUAUUCACCAUAACUAUUAAUUUAAAAAAAAUAAAAAAAAAUAAAAACAGCUGUUAUUUCAAAAUGAUGUCUUGUUUGAUUUUCUUCCUGGUGCUUUAGACCCACAAGCUUAAUAAAAUUUGAAUGCAUGACAUUGCUAUCUACCACUGUUAUUUCAGUUAAAUAAAACCUGCUAGAGUUAAACUGCCAUUUAAACCACACUACUACAAAAUCUACAUGUCACCAUUCAGAGAGAAAAAAGCAGAAACUCAUUCAGUUUCACAGUCCCUUUUAUUAAAUAAGCAUUUCAUCUGCAUGCAUGCACUAUACACAGAGGUUAGGACACAUUCUUUGCCAUUUUAAAAUGUUCAGAACAAAACAGAAAGGUUCGUUUGAUUUCAUGACAUGACUUUAUGACUUG